GUGCGUGCGUCGUCGGUCGUGUGGCACAACUUGAAUAUUUAUCCAAGCAACUCGCGAAGAACCUUGUGUCGGUCGAGCAGUCUGUGCGAUGCGCUGGUUGAUGCUCAGUGCUCUCUCGGUGUUGAUUACGUUCUACAAACGAAUGUAAACAAGGCGAAUUUGGACUGUGAUUGUGAGGUUCAUCGAAGCUGAAUAAGUGAAAUAAAUGAAGGCAGACUUUAUCGCAGAAGGCGGCUGCCAGUGAUUGAUUAGUAGUGGAAAGCCUUGGAAAAUAGGCCUAGUGUUUCGUGCAAAAGUCAAGUGCAGUGUUCUACUUGGGAAGUCUAGUGUGGGCAUUGGAGUGGAAAAGUUAUUACUGCCGAGAAAACGGUCCCAGAAGUUGCAGUAAAAUAGCGUCGAAACGCUUCGUUUGAGGUGAAAAAAUGAGCACAGAAGCGGAACUUCGGAGGCGAAACAUUGGCGAGGGAGAUUCGUUGGGCGAGUCUCAACUUAAACCGGAGGACAUUAGCAAACAGGCGCCACAGGAAUCGACCACUGCUGAAAGUUCUGAUCAUGUCGAUUCCGAGGAAGAAAAGUUACCUGAAGAAAAAGAUGUUGAAGAAAUGGCCAAAACAUUACCGCAAGGAACGAAUAAAGCUCCAGAAGUACUCACGGAAGUGCUAAGCGGACUACCAGACAAAUGGAAAAAUUGGGUGAUAAGAGGUAUUUUCACAUUCCUGAUGAUAAGUGGAUUUUGUUGCAUUAUUGCCGCUGGACCACUAGCGCUAAUGAUAACGACUCUGCUGGUACAGGUGAAAUGUUUCGAGGAAAUCAUCUCCAUUGGUUAUUCAGUGUACCGGAUCCAUGGCUUGCCCUGGUUCCGCAGUUUGUCGUGGUACUUCCUGAUCACUUCCAACUACUUCUUCUACGGCGAGAACCUAGUGGAUUACUUUGGAGUGGCCGUUAACCGACUUGACUCCCUUCGGUUUAUGAUCAAGUAUCACCGUUUCCUGUCGUUCUGCUUGUACUGCAUUGGCUUCGUAUGGUUCGUGCUGUCGUUGGUUAAGAAAUACUACAUGAAGCAGUUCAGUCUGUUCGCUUGGACCCACGUGGCUCUGUUGAUCGUGGUCACCCAAAGUUACUUGAUCAUUCAGAACAUUUUCGACGGACUGAUCUGGUUUAUUGUACCGGUUUCGAUGAUCGUGUGCAACGACGUGAUGGCGUACAUGUUUGGGUUCUUCUUCGGGCGGACACCGCUCAUUAAGCUUAGCCCUAAGAAGACCUGGGAGGGCUUCAUUGGAGGUGGAUUUGCGACGGUGGUCUUUGGGCUAGUUUUUUCGUAUUGGCUUUGUCAGUUCCAAUACUUUGUAUGUCCGAUUCGAUACUCAACGACUGCAGGGCGCAUGGUACUCGAGUGCACUCCGGGCUAUCUAUUCCAACCACAGGAAUACGCUUUUACCCUGUUCGGAUCGCAGAGAUCAAUUUCCAUCUACCCUUUCAUGCUGCAUUCACUGUCGUUGAGCAUUUUCAGUUCCGUAAUUGGACCGUUCGGUGGAUUCUUUGCAUCUGGAUUCAAGCGAGCAUUUAAAAUCAAGGACUUCGGAGACAUGAUUCCCGGACACGGAGGCAUAAUGGAUCGUUUCGAUUGCCAGUUUUUGAUGGCCACCUUCGUCAAUGUGUACAUCUCCAGUUUCAUUCGCACGGCUUCGCCACAAAAGAUCUUAAACAUGGUUUUUACCCUAAGACCAGAACAUCAGCUGCAAUUGUUUAAUAAACUGAAGGAGAGUCUCGAAGAACGAAACAUAAUUUAAAUAAUUAGGUGAACUAACUUCUAGAUUUAUAACUGUCGACCUAUUUAAUACAGAGAAGGUAGACGUAUUGCUGUCGAGAGAAUAAGUAAUUGUACGUACUGAUUGGACUACAUAAUGAUGAUCCAUUUAUUUCUCACAUACAAAGAACAAUCGUAAAACACAAAAUAACCAUCACUGAUAGAUCAAAUUAUUAGUGGAAUAGAUCAAUGUAUUAUGCAUUAGCACUAGAUAUCUGGGGCAAAGAGAAAUGUUUAUCGCGUCGUUGCUAUCUAAUGUAAGGUUUUAUAAGCCAAUCUUCAGAAAUAUUUAUGGACGUCGCAAUACAUUACUGUUGAUAUACCUAUCUGUUGACAGUCUGGCUCUCGUUAGAGCUGAAGUGAAUUUCCUCUAAAAUGGAAUAAUGCAUGAUUUCAAAGAAGUAGGAUCGCUGUUGGAUAAAUUACAAUCGCCAAACACAACGUGGGCAACUGCUGGUUCUCUUCCACAUUCCGGAUGACACCGUAGGAAUACGAAAGGCUAUUAUUAUAUCAUCUGUUUCGACACAUGCUCACUCAUACCGGGGUUUCUCCCAACGCAAGGAUAGUGCAAUUUUACGUCACUGCGCUUACUUAUUCUGUUACCUUCGUUUGUUUUUAAUUUAAGUUACUGUAAAGGAGUAUUUUUGAUCCGACUGUUCUACUUCGGCUAGGUGUUAGAGCUUUAUUAUUUUUUCCUGAUGUAUAAAUAGAUGGUUCUAGGUUAUUAUUAGGUAUUUGACGUUAUCUAUUGCAUAUUUUAUCAGUGUGUAGCAUGUAAUUGCUAUGAUAUUAAACAAAAUUAAACGAUCCUUUAAUCGCUUCGUCUCGAAAUCGAAACAUCACAAAUGUAUCAUGUUAACUCGUAUAAUCUUCCUGUUUCCUACGCAGACGUUUCUCUAUUCAUCAGCUCGAUACAGGGAUGUACUGCAUAUGUAAUAUAAAUAAUGGAAUAUGUAUUUAUUCCCGUCUUCGUAUGUUAUCGGCCUGUUUUUUUUAUUUGGCUUAUCAAGUACAUAAAGUAAGAAAACAAUAAGGGAUUAUUGGUACAGAAUGUGUUAAAACAUUUACCAUCUGGCGAAGAAUUUCUGGAAAUGUACGCGAAAAUUUGAGUUAGAAAUUUUGGUGGAAUUACUGGAAAUAUAUGAGAAGAUUUUCGGGGGAAUUAUAGGCAUUUUAAAACGAAUUUGUAAACACGAAUUUUGGCGGCAUUCCUUGGAUAAUUUUACAAGAAUUCGAUUAACCUUCCGUGAUGCAACGUGAUGCAAAAACGUUGGGUACAGCUCGCUGGCGUAGUGUACGGUUUGGGUCAAAAAUGAUCCUAACGCCAAAGGAGGGAUAAAUACCUAUUCUUCUACUAGGAACUUCUUCAAACAUCCCCAAUAGAAAUAUAUGAUACAACCUGCUUAACAACCCUUCUUGGGCUAUCAUCUUGAUUAAACACAUAAUGAUACAAUCAUUCAAUCAUUCACCCAGUCCCAUUUUUAUUAGGGAUGCUCCAAAGAAAUUCCUAAUUCCUUGUGAAGUUUUGCUGCAAGAAUUAUUUCACGAAUACAAACUUACCAGAAGUACGCGCAAAUUUGUUUCAAUGUUUUUUUAACUGCUUUUGAUUCUCUAAACUUUAUUUCUAGAUGUUACCAUUCUAGAUGUUACCAAGUUUUUCAAUUCUAUCGGUAAUUGCAGUGAUAUUAUUUAUUUUCUAGAUUUCCAUUCCCCAGAAAAUACCAUUUUUCGAAAAGUCAUCAUGUUACGAUAGUUCAUCUCGCGGAAAGAAGAUGCAAAUAUUGAUAUCGCGUUCCCGGAGGUGAAUCAUUCUGGAAAGUGUGUCAUUACGGAACAAGGCUUUCCAUAACACGCCACUUCGGAAUGUGGGAUUCCAAGAAAUGAGAUGAAACUUUAAUUUCUUGUAGAACAUUCUCGAUGGAUUCUCUUUCUUUAUGAAAUCCUACUGAAUGAUGGGGAAAUAAAGUUUGGGGGGAAAAGCUUACUAUAAUCUUCAGACGGGAAUAAAACUACAUAUAAAACGAUGAAGCUGUUAGAUUUCCUCUAUGAUCACCACCUCGAAACAUAACCAAAUUUAGUAGCAAAAUGGAAGAGGUACUAAUAUUUAGGAAUGGUAUGUACCUUCGAAACAAAUAUUUAAAUGUGACCCCAGAAAGCGUGACAGAACAGCAAGUAAGAAUUUAGAGCUAUCAUAUAUUGAUAAAUUUAUAAGAAGUUGAGUAAAAUAAUGCUCGAUAAAAUAUACAUUUGAACGUGGAACAGGUGUUACGCAAUUCAGAGAAACUAAAUGAGUCGUAUAUAUCGAUCUAAAGACCGUGUCGUAAUGAAAUUAGGUCUUUAUUGAUUUAUUGGCAAGCUGCAUGUCUUCAAAGAUUUAUUAUAAUACUGAGUAUAGUUCACUGCAACCAGGUCGCCAUUUACUUAGUGACUGCAAAUUCAAUUUUGUUAUGUUUAAUUGGUAGAAUACGGUAACAACCUGCUUGUUGCUAUUGGCUACCAAAUUCCUUCAAUCUGCUGCAAUUGACCGCAACCAUCGCCUUAACCUUCUGCAAACAGACCGCUAUUCAGGCAGGAGAGGAACCUCAUCAGUCAAUUCGAACCCAUGCGUGGCCACGGUUAGGUUUCCUAUUAAUAACAUCUACCAGGAUCAGUAUACAGACAAGACAAGAAACCUUUCAGUUCUACACGGGAAUGUCUCAUAUUGUGCUGAAAUAAGGCCGACACUUUUUCAGGGAUAACUGUAGGUUCCACUUUUUAUAAAUCUAUUACGAAACAAUGUGACAUUUGUGAAAAAAGUGGAACAAAUAUUCGAGCUAGGGCAUGAUAUAGUUUUCAGAAACAACUUAAAAUUACUAGUUAGCUCUUAGGAAUUUAAAAUGCCAUUCAGUUUGAGCCUUCCAAGAUGGUUAACAUCCUGCCAAACUGAUUGAGGAUAAAAAAAAUGAAUUCACAGACAUAUAGUAAAAAGUGGCGUGGUUCCAGUGAUAAUCAUUAUUACUCACUGUUAGUUAUAUUAUGUAAUAAGUAAACAGAUAUGCAAUGUAAGAACAAGGAACUUUGUCAAAGAAAUGAACAAUUUGUUUCAAAGAAUAGAACUCCCUACAUGUAACUGUGUAA